GCAGCAGCGCCGCCGCCGCCGCCGCCGCCGCCGCCGCCGCCGCAGUCAGCCGCGCCGCCGCCGCUGCUGCCGCAGCGCGGGCGGCCGCGAGCAGGUAGCAGGGAGCCUGGCGAAGGGGCCGCCGAGCCCGGCGCGCUCCUGCCAGUCGCUGCGCGGCUUAGAAAUUGAUGAUUCUUUUUUUUUUUUUUUUUAAUUUAUUUAUUUAGGAACGGUUGCUCCGAGGCUCAGGUCUUCCCUUGAACCUGCAGCGACGCGCCCGGCGCGUGCACAAAGGCUCCGACGGCGGCCGGCGGGGACUGGCGAGCCCGCGGGAGCCGGCGCCAGAGGUCGCCUGUGCGCGCCCUAGUCAAGCCCCGGGCACCAUGCCGCGGCGCCUGCAGCCCCGGAGCGCGGGCACAAAAGGCCCGCCCGGCACGACCGCGGCGGCUUCAGAGGCCGCCUCGCGCCCCCACCCCUCGGCCCCCGGGGACCCUCCGGCAUCCGCCAAGCCGCUGCUGCGCUGGGACGAGGUGCCCGACGACUUCGUGGAGUGCUUCAUCCUGUCGGGCUACCGGCGGCUGCCGUGCACGGCGCAGGAGUGCCUAGCCUCGGUGCUGAAGCCUACCAACGAGACGCUCAACUUCUGGACGCACUUCAUCCCGCUGCUGCUGUUCCUGAGCAAGUUCUGCCAUCUGUUCUUCCUGAGCGGCCGCGACGUGCCCUUCCACCACCCAUGGCUGCUGCCGCUGUGGUGCUACGCGUCGGGGGUGCUGCUGACCUUCGCCAUGAGCUGCACGGCACACGUGUUCAGCUGCCUGUCGCUGCGCCUGCGCGCCGCCUUCUUCUACCUGGACUACGCGUCCAUCAGCUACUACGGCUUCGGCAGCACGGUGGCAUACUACUACUACUUGCUGCCGGGCCUGAGUUUGCUGGACGCCAGGGUGAUGACCCCGUACGUACAGCAGCGUCUGGGCUGGCACGUGGACUGCACCGGCCUCAUCGCCGCCUACCGCGCGCUCGUGCUGCCCGUGGCCUUCGUGCUGGCCGUGACCUGCACGGUGGCCUGCUGCAAGAGCCGCACUGACUGGUGCUCUUACCCGUUCGCGCUGCGCACCUUUGUCUUCAUCAUGCCCCUGAGCAUGGCCUGCCCCAUUAUGCUCGAGAGCUGGCUCUUCGACUUGCGCGGCGAGAACCCCACGCUCUUCCUGCAUUUCUACCGCCGCUACUUCUGGCUGGUGGUGGCGGCCUUCUUCAACGUGAGCAAGAUCCCCGAGCGCAUCCAGCCAGGCCUCUUCGACAUCAUCGGCCACAGCCACCAGCUCUUCCACAUCUUCACUUUCCUCAGCAUCUACGACCAGGUGUACUACGUAGAGGAGGGCCUGCGCCAGUUCCUCAAGGCGCCACCUGACGCGCCCACCUUCUUGGGCACCGUGGGCUACAUGCUGUUGUUGGUCGUCUGUCUGGGGCUGGUCAUCAAGAAGUUCCUCAGCAGCGCCGAAUUCUGCAGUAAAAAGUGAGCCUCCGCCUCCGAGGAGGCGGCCGGCUCAGCCUACCUGUUUGUUUGGAGUUUCUGUUGUUGCUGUUGUUGGUUUGUUUUCAAGUUUUGUUGUGUUUCCUUCUUUGCUCCAGGACGGUGCUGCAAAACCACAGGGAAAAAUUCAAGGGGGUCUCAGUGCUUUGGGCCUUUGGAAGAUGGAGGUGGGUUAAUCAGGAGGGAGAGAGCAGCUGGUUCUUGCCCCUGAAAAAAAAUUCAGGUGGUGUCUGUGACAUCCAGGGAUUUUUCUAAGGCAGCGAAUAAAACCCCAAACAUUUCGAUUUUCCCGUCAUCUUCUCUGCCAGAGGUAAUAACAAGUAGCUCUUGUGAGGUCAGGCCUGCGGUAAAGACGGUAAGUAGACAAAAUCCCUGGCUACUUCCAUUUCAGUCUGAGGAAUGCUUGGAUUUGUCAAAGAAUAGAGCUUUGUAGGACGCAAGCAUGAAGACACAAACCCAGGGCUUAACCUACUAGAAAAUGCAUGGAAUGUGAACACACGUUAAUUAUUUCAAAAUGUUUCUCAUACGUUAUUUAAAUAGUAAUAUAUACAACGAUUUUUCGUAAUUUAUGAAAGCCCGUGAUCUGCACUGAAUUUUCUUUGUCAUGUAGUUUUGAGUUUUUGCAGCCCGUCUGCACUGCGUACUCUUGAACUGGACAUCAGGGCAAGCUGCUUGAGCGUUCUCACUUUUUUAAACAGUAUUUUUUGAAGGCCUGUGUGUGUCAUGAUAUAACUGUGAUUUCUCCUACCUUAGGAACUCUGGUUAAACUAUUGGAAAGGAGCUCGGUUUGUAUAGAUCCCAGUUUCCUGUUUACUUUCAUGUAUUCCACAAAUCCCAUCCUAUUUUUUUGUUUGUUUGUUUUUAAUCUUAAUUUUUCCUUCUCUACUAAUUUAAAUUGCCACUGGAAUAAAUGUGCCUUUUGAAGCAAUGCCCAAGUGACUGGUCCUCACACACAGCUUCUUGCAUGGGGAGAGCAGUAGGAGUAAGCUGUUCGUAUUUCCUUACAAAUCAAGGUUUGACAUUCCACCCAGGAGGGAAGGAAGGUGCUGUUGGUUGUCAGUUUGGGGUAGGACCGAAAGUGGCUUACCAGGACAUGCAGAGCAUUUGACUUCUCUGCAAGGGGAAGACGCCAGCCCACUACUGUGGCUGUGGUUCUUAAUGCAGCCAUCAUGAAAGGUGAGAGGACACUGUUCUAGACUGAGCCCAUCUAGCCUUGCUUAAAAUUAAAAUUGUAAUAUUCAGGAAUAAAUAUGGCAGUUAUAUUAUGAAAGUCAGGAGGAUGUUACUUGGGUCGUAACUGAAAAUUUUGAGCUGCAUAAGGUUACCUUGGCCUAGUUAAGCACUAAACUCUUGUUUGGAUCCAGACCAUGGAGAUGAAUGGCAGGUACCCUAAAUCGCUGGAAAAUUAGUGAACACGCUCCUGAGAUCCUGUCUGACAACCACAUUGGCCAGUGUUACGAGAAUAAGCGCUAACCAGGACCUGAAGUGGCAACUCUAGAUGAACACAAACCACGAAGUUGGCUAAUUUAAAUACUUAUCGCACUUCCUGACAAGUUUUUUUGGUUAAGAGCCGAAUAAGUCAUUGAAUGAGGAAGCCUUGACUUCAGUGGUAUGAUUUAGAUAAAGCACAUAAGGUGGAUGAACACUUACCUCAGCAGCGGUAGGCUGGCACUCCUACCAAGACUGCUGUUUUUGUUUAUGCUUUUAAUCCCUACUGUAUUUGUAAACAGGGAGGCUCAGCACAAUUCCCCGGAGGAACCAGUAUCCUUGUGUGUUCAUUUGCAUACAGAAGAUAACUAUAUAUGGCUAUAUUUAACUUAGGACUUCUUAAUGGGAUCACAAAUAACACUUUGCACGUUUGCUGAUGGGUGUCAGUGUCUCUUUCGCAAAGUGCAAGAGAUUCUUUUCAGGUUACAGAGGCUGAAUAAUUGUGCCUGCCACAGUUGUUAUUCCUCAGCUGUGAAGUAAUUCAGUACCUGCAUUCAAGGACAACUGUGGAAAUCAGGAUGUUUCCACAGGCAAACUUAACUUGCAUGUCAUUGUUGUCUCUUCUGGAGCCCCAGAGACUGUUAGUUUGGUGACUAGAAAAACAGGUUGAGGAGUAUUUUGGAUCCUCCUUGUAAAAUGGGACCUUCUUUUUCAAAAGAAACUUUCUAGAGACAGACUGUUAGAAAAGAGUCGAUGAGUUUGAGAACAGGAAAUAAACCCUGUAUCUGUCAUUUUAAAUUUUUGUUGGAGAACUUCCGGGUCCUCAGACGGAAUUCUCUUCUUGCUCUGUGUCUUUGUCCUUAAGCAGAGGCCACUUAAGGAUAAAAUUAUACCCAUAUCACUUUCCAGUGAUUAUGAUGCAUGAGCCCAGUAAGAUGACACGCUUUUCUCCUGGAAGGUUUCAGCAGCGAAAGCUCACUUUACUUCCUAGACUUUUCCUUCCUGCACUUCCCCUUUCUCAUUCCACCUUAGCUUUUAUAGACCACACACAACAUUGACAGAGGACAUUCUAGUUGAAAACAGCGGUUUGGCUUCAUUUCAUGUCUCCAAAUAGGUACUGUAUACACUGCCUAAGACCAGGGAUGAUGUGUGCAGCUUUAGGUGUUAUUUGCUAAAUUUUAUCGGAUUUCUGUCAGGAUAAAUGAUAUUUUAGAAUCAGCAAAUACUUACUCUGUCUCCACAUUCACAUGGAGCUAUCCAGGUAUAUUACAUAUUUCAGGGGUACUAGGGCAAGCUGGAUAAAAUCUCUUU